UCCCCGCGCCGCGGCCGCGCCAGCCCCCGCGCCGCCGCCGCCGUCGCCGUCCCCGCCACCGCGGAUCUCGCCGCAGCUCCAGCUCCAGCCCCGGCCCCGGCUCCGCAGCGCCCGUCCGCAGCCCCAGCGAUCGCCGCGCCUGAGCGCAGCCUCCCUCCCCCUCCCACCCUUCCUACCCCCCGCCCGGGAGCCCCGGAGCCCCGAGCUCGGAGCCCGGAGCCCGGAGGCAGCUCCAGCCCCGCGGCCGCCGCGGCUGUGGGGAGAGGGCGGGGGCGAUGCUGCCGGAGCCGCCGCCGCCGCCGCCGCCUCGAUGAGAGCCGCGCCGCACCGCGCAUAGCCGCACAGGCUGACAGGCAGAAGGACUGACUUCCCUCUCCCGGGCAUCCUCCCUGGGCUGCCGGGAGGCGGCGGCGGCGGCGGCCGAGGAGGAGGAGGAGGAGGAGAAGGAGGAGGAGGAGGAGGAGGAGAAGGGAGAGAAGGCGGAGAACAGAAACGCGAGGAGCUGGACCUGGAUCCAUUUCUCCCGGCCAGGACGCGAGCGGCCCCCGCCACCGCCACCCGCCGGCGCCGUCCCCUAUUCAUCAGCCCUCCUGCGCCCACUCGCGACCCCGGGCUCUCUGCGCGUCGGGCCGGGGCCGGAGCGACGCGGCCGCAGACUGUGUGGCUUCCCCGCAAUGCCCUCCCUCUGCUAAGUGUCGGUGGCCAUCAAGGAUUUUGCAUCCUGGGGACCAAUCCUGAGCUUGCCAGAGACGGGCGGCGAAAGCAGGUCCGGGCUCUGUUUCCCUGUGAGAAGCCGCCUCGGCCCACCGAGAUGUCCCGGCACCACAGUCGUUUUGAAAGAGAUUACCGGGUAGGCUGGGACCGUCGUGAGUGGAGUGUCAAUGGGACCCAUGGAACCACCAGCAUCUGCAGUGUCACCUCGGGGGCCGGGGGUGGCACAGCCAGCAGCCUCAGUGCUCGGCCGGGCCUCCUGCCCCUGCCUGUGGUACCCUCCCGGCUGCCCACACCGGCUACGGCCCCUGCGCCCUGCACCACCGGCAGCAGUGAGGCCAUCACCAGCCUCGUGGCCAGCUCCGCUUCUGCGGUCACCACCAAGGCUCCUGGCAUCUCCAAAGCGGACAAUCCGUCCCAGGGACUGGCGACCAGCAUCCGGUGGGGGCAGACGCCCAUCAAUCAGUCCACACCCUGGGACACCGAUGAGCCGCCUUCCAAACAGAUGAGGGAGAGCGACAAUCCAGGCGCAGGGCCAUGGGUGACCACGGUGGCCGCCGGGAACCAGCCUGCCCUGAUCGCACACUCCUAUGGAGUGGCCCAGCCUCCCACCUUCAGCCCGGCUGUGAACGUCCAGGCCCCGGUCAUGGGGGUGACCCCCUCACUGCCUCCCCACGUGGGGCCCCAGCUCCCGCUGAUGCCCGGCCACUACUCACUCCCACAACCACCCUCCCAGCCACUGAGCAGCGUGGUGGUGAACAUGCCUGCCCAGGCCCUCUAUGCCAGCCCUCAGCCCCUGGCAGUGUCCACCCUGCCCGGGGUGGGGCAGGUGGCCCGCCCCGGACCCACGGCUGUGGGCAACGGCCACAUGGCGGGGCCCCUGCUGCCUCCUCCUCCUCCGGCUCAGCCAUCUGCCGCUCUCCCCAACAAUGCCCCUGCCACCAAUGGGCCCCCCACAACUGACUCGGCCCACGGGCUGCAGAUGCUGCGGACCAUUGGCGUGGGGAAGUAUGAGUUCACCGACCCAGGGCACCCCAAAGAAAUGUUGAAGGAAUUGAACCAGCAACGCAGAGCGAAAGCGUUUACAGACCUGAAAAUUGUUGUUGAAGGCAGAGAGUUUGAAGUCCACCAAAAUGUUCUAGCUUCCUGCAGCUUGUAUUUCAAGGACCUGAUUCAAAGGUCCGUGCAAGACAGCAGCCAGUGCGGCCGGGAGAAGCUGGAGCUGGUGCUGUCCAACCUGCAGGCCGAUGUGCUGGAGCUGCUGCUGGAGUUUGUCUACACAGGCUCGCUGGUCAUCGACUCCGUCAAUGCCAAGACUCUGCUAGAGGCAGCCAGCAAGUUCCAGUUCCACACCUUCUGCAAAGUCUGUGUGUCCUUUCUUGAGAAGCAGCUGACUGCCAGCAACUGCCUGGGCGUGCUGGCCAUGGCUGAGGCCAUGCAGUGUAGCGAGCUCUACCACAUGGCCAAGGCCUUCGCGCUGCAGAUCUUCCCCGAGGUGGCAGCCCAAGAGGAGAUUCUCAGCAUCUCCAAAGACGACUUCAUCGCCUACGUCUCCAAUGACAGCCUCAACACCAAGGCCGAGGAGCUGGUGUAUGAGACCGUCAUCAAAUGGAUCAAGAAGGACCCUGCGUCACGCGCCCAGUACGCAGCCGAGCUCCUGGCCGUCGUCCGCCUCCCCUUCAUCCACCCCAGCUACCUGCUCAACGUGGUGGACAACGAGGAGCUCAUCAAGUCAUCAGAAGCAUGUCGGGACCUGGUCAACGAGGCCAAACGCUACCACAUGCUGCCCCAUGCUCGUCAGGAGAUGCAGACACCCCGAACCCGGCCCCGCCUCUCAGCAGGUGUGGCUGAGGUCAUCGUUUUGGUUGGGGGCCGUCAGAUGGUGGGGAUGACCCAGCGCUCGCUGGUGGCUGUCACUUGCUGGAACCCGCAGAACAACAAGUGGUACCCCUUGGCCUCGCUGCCUUUCUACGACCGCGAGUUCUUCAGUGUAGUGAGUGCCGGGGACAACAUCUACCUCUCAGGUGGCAUGGAAUCAGGGGUGACGCUGGCUGAUGUCUGGUGCUACAUGUCUCUGCUCGAUAACUGGAACCUGGUCUCCAGAAUGACCGUCCCGCGCUGCAGACACAACAGCCUGGUCUACGACGGGAAGAUUUACACCCUCGGGGGGCUGGGGGUGUCAGGCAACGUGGACCACGUGGAGAGGUAUGACACCAUCACGAACCAAUGGGAAGCAGUGGCCCCUCUGCCCAAAGCCGUGCACUCGGCGGCGGCCACCGUGUGUGGUGGCAAGAUCUAUGUGUUCGGCGGGGUGAACGAGGCCGGCCGGGCCGCGGGCGUCCUCCAGUCCUACGUGCCUCAGACCAACACGUGGAGCUUCAUCGAGUCCCCGAUGAUAGACAACAAGUAUGCGCCUGCAGUCACCCUGAAUGGCUUCGUGUUCAUCCUGGGUGGGGCUUACGCCAGGGCUACCACCAUCUAUGACCCAGACAAAGGCAACAUCAAGGCAGGCCCCAACAUGAACCACUCUCGCCAGUUCUGCAGUGCCGUGGUGCUGGACGGCAAGAUUUAUGCAACGGGAGGCAUCGUGAGCAGCGAGGGGCCUGCCCUGGGCAACAUGGAGGCCUACGAGCCCGCCACGAACACGUGGGCCCUGCUCCCCCACAUGCCCUGCCCUGUGUUCAGACACGGCUGCGUGGUGAUAAAGAAAUACAUUCAAAGCGGCUGACAGCAGCAGAAAGCCCACGACAAGACUGUGGAGAAAGUCCGGUGAGGCAAAUGCUAUACACAAUGAUAAUUUCUUUCAACAACACCAGUAAGAGGCCCACAAAACACAAUCCAGGAACUCACUGCGCUAAACAUUUUGAAUAUUCUCUACAUGUGAAUGUAGGAAAAAAAAAAACAAAACAAAACCAUCCUCGCCUUUGGGUGACCCGGGCAUGGCGUUCUGGGCAGCAGGAGCGUGGGACCGUGCCCAGCCAGGGCUCGCUGGCCGCUGCAGAGGCGCUUGCUUGAAACCCAGGCAUUCGCUCACUCUACCCGGUGCAAUAUUUCACAUAGAUUUUUAUUUUCAACUGGGAGAGAGAGAAGCUGUUUUUCCCUUCCUGCAGAGCAAGCUUGAGUCCUAACCCACCACAGAUCAGUUAGCCUCUGAUAAUACCGGGUAUCAGGCUUUUGGGGGAAGAAGAUCAAAGUGUCCUUACCACUUUGAUUCCUACUUUUCUUGUUGUUGGGUUUUUGUUUUUUUUUUUUUUAACCAAGCUAUACUUUCGAGUGGCUGAGAGAAAACGAGGGACGGGACUGUGUAGCACUGGUUUCGGAUGCUACACAGCCAGGAUGGAGGGAGGUCCAGCUGCCUAUGCACAGGGCUGGGGGGGGGGAUAGGCCGCAGGGACCGCUGGGGGGAAGCCAUCUGGCCUUCAUGGGGUUUUCUACCAUUUGUUUUGUUGUGGGUUUUUUGUUGUUGUUGUUGUUGUUUUUUUUAAAUUUUUCCGGAGAAGGACAAGGGUGGUUGUGCUAGCUUUCUCUUAUCCAAUAUGAAUUCUUUAGAUUUUUCCAAGGCAUUUUCUUGAUAAACAAAAGGCUAUUUUUAAGUACAGAGAGGAGGCCAUGCAGGGACGAUGUUGUGGGGAAUCCCCGUAGUUCUUCGUGGGUAGUACCAGAGCCCGGAGGUGGGGGGGACAUUGGCUCUCUCAUUUUUUCUAUGUGCAGAAUAGAGGAUCUCUCCUGGGGUGGGCCAUGCCCUCAACUUUAUUUUUGGAAAAAAACAAAACAAAACAAAAAGUCACUCCCAGACAGCCCCGUAAAGACUGUGCCUUGUUGGAGGCAUUGUCAGAGGAAGAAGGGUCUAUUCCUAAAAAGACCCCAGCUCAGCUCCCUCCGUGAGGUAAAGCUGAGGACCCAGGCCAG